UUUCCAGUACAUAGAUCCACUUUCAUGUUUCUUCCACUCUCUGACAGGCGCCACAUGCUCAUGUAGAGGUCCUGGCUCCCGAGUCCUGACCCCCCACAUUAUCUUGUCCACAUGGAAGUGGGAGAAAAUGAUAAAGUCCAGAUCUGGUCCACAAAUUCACAGCUCUCCUUCUUCCUAUCUUCUUUUCAUUUUAGUAUUUGUUUUUCUCCUCCCCCAAGACUUGACCCAUACAUUCCACCUCUCUCUCUCUCUCUCUCUCUCUUAACAUUAUAAGAAAAGGUCGUCACUACUUGUCAUUCUUCCAAGCUGAUAUUCAGCAUUGCCUCCAUAUAAUAAACUGCAGACACCAGCAUAUGCUCCAGGCUCUAGCUAGAUUCAUUUCCUUGAUCCAGCCAAAAGACAAAGUAUUCUUUUGUUCUGCGAGGAAAAGCAAAAAAACAUUAAUACUUUGCUUUGCAGAACUUCCUUGCAGAUUUAUAUUGAUGGUACUUAGAAGGUGGGGACUAGAGGUAACUUUUUGGUCUUGGGGUCCCCAACCAUUUCUUUUUUUGUUACUUGAGUUUUGCAAAGGAUAUGGUCUGCCUUGUUCUGUAAAAUUCCCAUAGAACAACUUAAUUUACUGUUCAUGGAUAGGGAUAUUAUUUGAGUUUAUGUACUUUCCUCUUCGUCUCCUUCAUUCUGUUCCUUGGCUAUUUCCUUUUUUUUUUCAGAAAAUUCUCUGAAACUCCAAAAGAAAAGUAACUCUAAAAGAAACAAGCCACUGAGCUUUCCCUACAGAGUGAUACUUUACAUAAAGAAGCCUUAGUGCAGUGUUUCUGUCCUCCAAGUAGCUGGAAAAAACAACGACUUCAGGAAAGAUUGAAGUUCUAUUAUGGUCGAAGCCAAAUUCUGUCAAUGUGUGAUUUUACUAUCUCAAGUAUAAUCUUAGAUUCUGCAACAAAAUAUACCUGGAAUCCUGUCGCUUUGUUAUCCAUUCUUGGAGAUGGAAUCUUAACGGAAGUGCAGCAAGUGUAAUUUGUGGAAUAGGAACCAGAAAAGAGAAGGUGAAAAUGUCUGCAAAGCUUUUGCGUACCAUGACUGAUGACAAUCAAGAUUUGCAGAAGCAAAUUGGGUGCAUGAAUGGAUUCUUUCAGCUCUUUGACCGUCGCCAUUUUCUCGCUGGGCGACGCAUCAACAGCCAUGACCACAAGAGACUUCUUUCAGGUCAAAAUGGUAGCCCGGCAAGAGAGCCUGACAGUACAUUACAGAGAGUUAAGGAAACAAAUCCAAAGAACCUUGUGAAAGAGAGACAUAGAGUCUCGACAGAAUCAUCCAAAACCUCUCUUUCAUCCUCCUCAUGCUCAUCUAGCUUCUCCUCUCUUGACUAUAAAAUAGCUCAAUUUGAGUCAUCUUCAUAUAACCAACCCAGUUUUCCUGAAACCCCCACUCGGCCCAUGAACAAACCAAAUGCGUCUUUGCAAUCAAGGCAGCAAUCCCACGACCUCCGAGAUGUUGUUAAAGACUCCAUCUACAGAGAAGCCCGUAUAUUAUCAGUAAAAACUUGUAGAAAGGAGGAAGCAGUGGGUAGUACAUUAAAAUACAUCGACUCACCGCGGCCUUUGCAGCUUCCCAACUCUAUCAAGCCCAGAGCUUCUAGUGCCAAUGAUUCGGUUUGCGUUCUUGCUAAACUCCAGGAAUCAAGGAAUUACAAGGAAGAGAAAGCUAGCCUUAAGCUGUUGUCACUGAAGGAGGCUCCUAGGCUCUCUUAUGAUGGAAGGGUAUCACAAGAUGCAUCCAAGUCUACCAUAAAGUUAAAGGAACUCCCAAGGCUGUCAUUGGACAGCAGAGUAGGCUCCAUAAGGGGUUCCGCCUCGGAAACAAAAUCAAAUUUUCUUUUGAAGGAUCUGCAAAGAAGGUCGGAAAACUCCAGCAAUAUGCUUAACCAGCAGCAAGAACCAGAAAGUUCCAAACGAUCAUCCACCAUUAUUGCGAAGUUGAUGGGAUUGGAAGCUUUCCAACAAUCACCAUUGACCAACGAGAAUCCAUUAGGGUUCAUCAGUAACUGCCAAACGGAGAAAUCUGACCACUUCUCAAACUCAAGAACAACUGAUGGAAACAAGCAAAAUCAAAUUCCUAGGUCCCCAAGGAAAUCACACAAGGACCCCAUCCAAGCCAGGUUGAAAAAUGAUGAUCAUGUUAUAAGGCCUACCUCAGGAUCAAGAUUUCCAGCAGAACCAACUCCGAGGAGGCAGCCAGAUGGCAACCAGAGUUCUCAACAAACUAGUUUCGGGCAUGGGAAAGUAACCACAAAAGCCUCAAACUCUUGCCCCUCUGUUUAUGGUGAAAUCGAAAAAAGGUUGGCUGAGCUGGAGUUCAAUAAAUCUGGCAAGGAUCUCAGAGCUCUUAAACAGAUACUUGAAGCAAUGCAGAAGCCUAAAGAAGCAUUAGAUACAAAAAAAGAGCAGGCUUCGGAAUUUGCAUCUCAAAGAAGAAACUAUGGCAACUCUCUGCAAAGCUCAAAUUUAGCUAGCCCAAGAAAGCUACAAAAUAAGGACCCAAUUUCUGACACAAUCAAGGGGUCACAUUCUCCAAAGAGUUAUAGACCCCCAACGGCCGUCAUGAAACCAGUUAAAGUAAUUAGAAGAACAAGUGACUGCGCUUCCAACAUAAUCCCAAUUGAAAGGAUGUCAAGACCCAACAAGCAUGCUGACACUGCAAAUGGGAGAAAGGUUGACACGCUAAGAGCAAAAGAUCUAGCUCCAGGAAGCAAUUAUCUAAAAGACCAUUUCAGUUCACUUUCUUGCUCCACUGAUAAGAAAACCAAUGCGAGAACUUCAAAAUCAACAUCAGCUUUAACGGCACCCCGACACAUAAUUGGAGAAAACAACAUGAGCUCAGCAACUGUGAGCCCCAGACUGCAACAAAGGAAGCUCAGAUCGCAGAAGCAGUCACCUCCUACCAUCCCAUCUUUAGAUUCAAGCAAUGCCAUCAGGCAACCUACUAGACAACCCAUGGGAUCAAACUCCCCUAGUAGAAAACUCAAACUAAGAUCUCCCAGUUUGCAGCAAUGCAAUGACCAAUUGAGUGAGACCAGCAGUGGCAUGAGAGAUUUAAGUCACCAAGGUGACACCAUUUCUCUGCAAUCUGAAAGCAACAUUAGCUUGUGCUCCGAUAUUGACAUGGAAAUUCUGAGAACCAAUCAAUCUGACAAGAUCAAUACCACCUUCUCCCAGCAGGAUGGCAAGAAACAAAAGAAUCCAACAGGGUGCAUCGAAGACAGGUUGAUAGUCGAACCGUCAAUAGCUACCCUGGAACAACCAAGUCCUGUCUCUGUUCUUGAUGCUACAUUUUAUAGAGACGAGUCACCAUCUCCUGUGAAGAAGAUAUUAAAUGCCUUCGAAGAUUAUGAGGCUCAAGAUCCUGAUGAAGGGGAAUGGGUUCCAUCAGAUCUAGCUCAAUUUCCAAAGGGCACAAAACCCAGUUUCAGUGCUUACAUUGAUGAUAACAAAUCAGAAAGCAUCCGGCUUGUACUUCAAAAUCUUCAACAAAUAAACUAUACUGAAGAGAACCCCAUCACUGACUACACCACGGCCCUCCACGAGAGCAUGAAUUCAGACCACAGAUACAUUUCAGAAAUAUUGUUAGCAUCAGGUCUCCUCAGAGAUCUUGACUUUGACUCGAUGACCAUUCAGCUCCAAGCAUUAGGCCACGCCAUCGAUCCUGAGGUGUUCCUUGCAUUGGAACAAACAGAGGCAAGUGCAGGGCUCUUGAAUGAUAAACUAAGUGGCAAAAAGAUUGUUAAAUCAGAACACUCUGAAAAAAUUCAAAGAAUACUCGUAUUUGAUACUGUUAAUGAAAUUCUUGCUCAAAAGUUGCUGUUAGGAGGUCCUCUAGGGAAGUGGUUCUCACCAAACAAGCUAGCAGGAAGAAAACCAAGAGGGCAGCAGCUUCUGGAAGAAAUGUGUUCAGCAGUAGAUCAGCUACAGAAUAAUCACUUGAACAGAAGCCUAGAUGAGGGAGAUGACAGUUUGAGGAGCAUCAUAUCAGAAGAUUUAAUGCAACAAUCCAUGGAUUGGAUAGAUUGCCCUUGUGAGAUUCCUAGCAUAGUGUUGGAUCUUGAGCGGUUGAUCUUUAAAGACUUAAUAACUGAAUUUGUGAACUGGGAGAGAGUUGGUCUGAAAGGCAGGCCUGGUAGGCGUUCCAGAAAGUUAUUUUCCAUGUAGGAGUUUUGGUAAUAUACAAAAGAUCUCUCUCUCAUUUCAUAUAUAGCUGGGUGGGUUUACUCUAUAAAAAAUCACAAUAUUUAUUGGGUAAAAAUUGAGCUCUUUGCUAGCCUGUAAAUGUCUAAUAGAGGUUCUUGACAUUGAUGUAAAUUAUAGUCGAUAGAUAUAUAAUUUGGGGGUAAUUACACUUUUCACCCACAAACUGCCACCUAUUUUUCACUUUGCAA